AUGUCUGACCGAACAAAUGAUGAAAAUUCAACUUUGUCUGCAUCAUCAGACGACGAGACAACAAACACCUCUGAAAUGGUCCUUGAUGAAAUGAAUCACACAACACAUGAUGAAGAUGCCAUAGCUAGAGCACUCAGUGCUACGAACGGUUUUAAUUUGAUUGAUGAACAUGAAAUAUCUAUUCAAACAGGCGAUAGUCAACCAUCUCAGGGCGUUCCCAGUUCGCUUGGUAAACAUAGUUUUUCUAUUACAACUAAUGGCCACUAA